GGCAAAUCAAUGCUUUACUCCACAGCCUGAGUGGGGAGAGAUAAUCUCAAAACGUCUCACAAUGACGUCCGCCCGAAUCUGCCGCGCUUCAUGAUCAAUCAGAAUGAACCGGUCACUGAUCAAGCAGAAGAAGGACUGGACAGAUGAAGAGAGGAAGGAGCUAGCAGCCAAGCUGGAUGCUGAGUUUGAACAGUACCUUGAGGGCAUGAUCGAGAAGAGCAAGAACAAGUCUCAAGCUGAGCAUGAAGCAAGCAUAGAGGAAAUACUUGCCGAUAUUGAUGGUCACCCAGCUUUCAUGACGUCCCAGGAUGAUUUAGACCUGACCAAGCCGUUGCAUCCAGCUGUGGAGGGACUCAUGGCCAUCAAGUACGAGAGUGAAAACCCUACAGCUCGCGCAGACAGCUACAGAGACGAUGGUAAUGACAACUUCAAAAAGAAAAACUACCGCAUUGCAAUAGAAAACUACGCUGAGGCCAUUAGGAGCAAGAGUCCAGACAAGAAACUGAAUGCAGUGUGUUAUACAAACAGAGCUGCAGCGCAAUAUCACCUGGGAAACUAUGGGUCCUCCUUAAGGGAUUGUAUUUUUGCCCGCAAGUUUCAGCCUGAUCACUGGAAGGCCAUUAUGAGAGAACACGGAGACUGCUGUAGUACAUUAGAUGCUGUUAUUGGUCUCCGGAUGACCAUGGCUGUGGAUAGAUGCUGCUCUAAUGGUCUCGGUAUCCUUCAAAUAUUGUUCAUUUCUGUUUGUCCAUUAAAUAACCUUGACCUUGUUGAGCUGGAACCGGGGCAGGAAGAACUCCUCUGUAUGAGGGCAAAAGCUGACAAGCAGCAGAGGGCGAAGGAGCGGGAUGAGAGGAAGCAAGCGGCCCAGGACAGGAAAGAGGAGGCUGCAGACAGGAAGCUGAUAGCACUGAUACAGGAUCGUGGCAUCCGAGUCGGUGGACUGAGAAGGACAGCGGAGACCGCCAAGCUCAACCCUCUCCUGUUCACAAGUCUGGAAAGCCACAACCCGUCUGGAGCCAAGGUGCAUGUAGAUGAGAGUGGAACCCUGUUCUGGCCUGUUCUGUUUUUCUACCCAGAACAUGGACAAACAGACUUCAUUGAAGCCUUCAAUGAGAAUGAUGUGUUCCAUGACCACCUGUGUCACAUGUUUGGUCCAGGAGUGGAACCACCACCGUGGGAUGAGGACAGAAAGUACACCCCUGACGCUAUGGAGAUAUUCUUCGAGGAUCGUGUGAAGGAAGAGCUACAUAAAGUCGACGCCUCCUCCUCCCUGUUGCAGACCAUGAGGCAUGAGAAGUUUACUGUGAAUGCGGGCACCCCCUGUUUUAUCCUGCUGGUCGCAGGCUCCAAGUGCUGGACAGAUUACCUCAAACGAUACAAUUAUAAAACAUGAUUCAGGAUAAUAAAAUUUUAAAGCAUGAA